UUUACACAGUAGUGCGGUGCCUAUAUUAAAAACAUUGCUACUAACAAAAUUCAUUAUAAAUUGCUACUUAUGAAAAUUCACUAUAAAUUGAACUUCAUUUUACUCCUUCAAGUGCAGUCUGUUCUCUCUCAUCCAUGGCACUCUCUAGCACCUUUUGCAACUUCAACACUACUCAAACCCUAAGGCAAAACAUUGUUGUUUCAUGUUUUCCUCAGUUUCAUCUCUCUCAUAAGCAUAAGAAUGUCAAGGGUCACCAAAUCAAACGAAGAGAGCUUAUAUUGAAGAGUGGAGAGUUAGCAACCAUUGGUGCCCUCUUCAACUUGAGUGGUAAAAAGCCAGCAUAUCUUGGAGUACAGAAUAAUCCACCAUCACUGGCACUGUGUCCAUUAACAAAGAACUGCAUUUCAACCUCUGAAGAUGUCACUAAUCUCAAUCAUUACGCUCCUCCAUGGAACUACAACCCUGAAGGUAGGAAAGAUCGUGUAAGCAGAGAAGAAGCAAUUGAAGAAUUGAUAGAUGUGAUAGAAACAACAAUACCACCAGAAAAUUUUACACCAAGGAUAGUAGACAGGACUGAAGACUAUCUUAGGGUGGAGUACCAAAGCCCAAUCUUGGGGUUUGUGGAUGAUGUUGAGUUCUGGUUUCCACAAGAUAAGGACUCAAUUGUUGAGUAUCGAUCAGCAGCAAGGGUUGGGAAUUUUGAUUUUGAUGUGAAUAGAAGAAGAAUCAAGGCGUUGCGACUAGAGUUGCAAAAGAGAGGAUGGGCAUCUCAAGACUCAAUGACUAGUUAACGAUCAUUCACAUAUAUACGUUGUAUCCCAAUACUCAAUAUGAGCAAGAUAUUGGAGUGAAAUUAUUUUUUUGUCUUUGUCAUUCAUUAGUUAAGAUGUUUACAAUUUCACCUAAACAGGUUUAUUAUAGAUUCAAUUGAAAAUAAAAUUGGGUAUUUUUGGAGAUUAAUUUCAACUGGUCUGUUUUAUUUUCAA